UGUGUGACUUGGUCUGUAAAGUACCAUGUAGUGUGAACUGUUUCUAAUUCUCAAAACAGCCACAAAAAUGUUGCUUAGUUUACGACAUUCUGUCAGUUUUGCGACAAUGUUUAUAUUCCAUUUGCUCUUUGUAGCCUCUUUCUGUGUAGGUUAUCAAAUAACUGCUAAAAUCUCAAUAACAGCCGCUAAUGAUCCACAAGGUCAUGACGUACACAUGCCCGAUGAGUUAGAAGUCAAUAUUACGCUACAGAACAAUGUUUCAGCUCGUCUGCGACUGACACGCGCAGGUCAGCUUGACCCGGAUGUUCCUAUCUAUACCCUGAGCACUGGCACGGAAGGUGAAAGGGUGAUCAGACGUGAGGAGCCUGUGACUGGUGAGAAACCUGUUUAUUAUCAAGACAUUAAUUCACUAGCUGUCAUGGAAGUUACGAGCGUCAGUGUCGGCGAGAAAAGUCCGCAGAUGUUUAAAAUCCAAAAAGGUGUAUUCCAUUGGAAUUCUACAACCUACUCUAUUACGCCAACAAGGAGGAAAAGGGAGGCGAUCUCUGAAGUUCAUAGUUUCGUGUACAACAUUGAGCAGACACAAUUGCAGGAGACGUUUGAAAGAGUUACUGCCCCUCCUGAGUAUGUUGAGUCAAAGGCAUUAGAUGACAGAGAGAUUGGCUUACAGCAGGAAGACACAGAGAGUGUUCCACAGUCAGAAGAUACAAAACAUUCAGACGUCACCCUUUUGAAAGAGAUCUCGAGACGCAAACGUCAAGACGAGGCUCCGACCUACUUUGUUGACGUCACUGCCUUUCUGGACUACACUGGCUACCAACGGUUUCUUGAGAGAUCACACAAUGAUUCCAUGACUUGUUUGAGUAAAAUACAUGAGUAUUUUGCGUUCAUUUUUACCGGAAUUGACCUCAUCUAUCAAGAAUGGCCAGCUACAAGUUUCCAGAUUAGAAUUCGACUGACUAAAAUAAUUAUAUUCCAGGAUCCUGCCGUGCUCCCGAUACCAGCAAACAACGAAUCCAUGUAUCAGAAUUUGAGUUUUUCACUGAAAGGAACCGUCAACGCUUACACAGCAAUUUAUAGCUUCUGGGAAUUUUUAAACUCAAGUCAAGGAAGAGAAAUGAGCUAUCCUUAUGAUCACGCCAUGCUAUUUAUUGGGUCAGACCUGUGGAGUCCUUAUCCUGAGCCUAAUAACGGAAUAACAGGUUUAGCAGCAGUGGGCACUUUGUGCAGGACAGACGGCACGAGCUCCUCUGUUAUUGAGGACCUGGGAGACUAUUUCGCCAUGUUCACGGGCGCUCACGAGCUUGGUCAUAGUUUGUCUGCUCUGCACGAUGGAAUGUCCCCAGGCUGUCAGGCGGAUGACUUUUAUCUGAUGGCGCCAUUGUUUACCUGGUCAGGUGAGGCCAAAAAACUCCAUCCCUGGCGGUUCUCCAACUGCAGCGUUGCCGAGAUUACCACCUAUGUCGAGACUUUGAGGAACACUUCAUCAGGAAAGAUGUGUCUCUCUGACACCUUGAUCGCCACUGGUCAGGUUCCAGAUGUCAGUGAUCGGCUCUUAGGUCUGGAGUACCCUCCGAAUCAGCAGUGCACUUUAAGAUACGGACAGAGGUCAUUUGACUGCAGGCUAGGAAACGCCUCUGACAUGUGUACUUCUCUGUGGUGCUACAAGCCAAGUGAUGAUCUGUGCUACACUUUCCCGGCAUUGAUGGGGACAUCGUGUGGGAAUAGAAAGGUGUGUAAACAAGGACUUUGUCUUGAUGACAAAGCAGCGCCGCCUGGUGAUAGCAGUUGUAUGUUUGGUGACAGUAGAAUGAACUCUAGCACGUCAUGCGCAGAUGGCAUCCAAGAGUUUGCAGGUCACUGCUACAUUGAGCAGAUCGCUAAUCGAUGCUGUAACUCAUGCAGCCAAGUUCGGACAAGUGAUCCUGAUUGCCUUUUUGGCGACCACUGGUCCAAUUGUUCAAGUGAUGCGUGUUCCAGUGGGUCAGGGACUGAACAGAGAAGCUGCUGUUACACUUGUCGUAAUACCACUUCCGGUAUCAGUACAGAGCAGACGACAUCUCACAGAAUCCCAGCAGGUGACGUCUGCAACGAUGAUGACAAUUUCCGCCAUGAUGGAAAGGCAUGCGCAGACACAAUCCAGGAGUCGUCUGCACUAUGUUGGGUUCAUGACAUCCGGCAGUCAUGUUGUCGUUCUUGUCGGAUGAAAACAACAAAUGUCACAGGCUGCAAGUACGGCGACGAGAACACUGCCUUGUGCUCGUCACUUCCGUCUUGUCAAGGCUACGACGACUUCUGCUGCUACACCUGCCGAGGGUACGACUCGAUGAUCAGCGGCGUGGCCCGUGGUUUUAAUUUUGAUCUUGGUCUGUCUCUUCUUGUGCUCCUCGCCCAGCGCAGUGUCUAACAGGUUGUGUAUCUCUCACCAACGUGAAACGCAAACAAAAUUGUAAUGUUACCGGUAUAGGUAAAUAUAAAAAAAAGCGAGAUAAUAAAAUUAGGAGAAAAAAAAUAAAUAAAUAUAUAAUUAGUUCAUGUGGAAAUAUGCUAUGAUAAAAGCAAGAUACAUGUUACACUUAAUUCCUUUGUGUGUGUGUGUGUGUUGUUCAUGAUGUAUGAAGCUGUCUGUUAAGUUGUUUUUACAAAGCUUAUAUCAAGUUACUCUGUCUGUCUGUCUGUCUGGUACAACAUAUGUACAAGUUAUUUCUCUCACUUCCCAAUCUCAGAUCAAGUUGAAAUUUUGCACACAUUAUUCAUUGUCCCUAAUUAAAAAAAAAAUGAAUGAAAACAAAAAUUAAUCAAUUAAAUAAUUCUGUUUGAUAUUUUAAAAAAGGGAAAAUAAACCAUACAGUAUUGAGAUACAUAGCUGUAAAUGUGCAGAACUUUCCCAUAAAUAAGCCUUUUUUUUAAAUGUCUUUUUUAUAUUUUGCUUGUUUUUAAUUUAAUUUGUUUUUUUUAAGAAUGUGUAUUUCAUCUAUCUGAUGAUUUUCAAGAUUUGAUUAAAAUUUUGAUCUUUGUUUAAAUUUUAGAUAUACAUAGAUUUAUUUUUGCUACUGAACAGACUUACAGUCUAUGUAAGUUUACUCUUGGUAGAUGUCUACUUAACGCUAUACCCCUGCAUGUUUCUCAAUUCCUGUUUUAAAUUGUAUACCAACAUCUGACUUCAUCAUCAUCACUCCUUUGAGUUCCUUGUGGAACAUAGGGCCUCGACAAAAACACGCCACUCUCCACGGUCUCUUGCUAGCUUUUUGAUGGUGUCCCAGCUCUUCCCGGUCUUCUCUGCUUCUUCAAGUACACUACGUCGCCAUGUUCUUUUUGGUCUUCCUCUGCGUCUUGUUCCCUGGGGGUUCCACUCCAAAGCCUGUCUAGCUCUGUUGCUGGUAUCUUUUCUAAGGGUGUGACCAAUCCAUCUCCACUUCCUCUCUAAGAUCUUCACUUCUAUAUUUUUCUGUCCACUCAUCUCCCACAGUUUGGUGUUUUCUACUUUGUCAUACCAGUGUAUUUUUAGGAUAUUUCUCAGGCAUCUGUUGAUGAAGGUCUGUAUUUUUUUUUUUUGUUGUGGCUUCAGUUGUUCUCCAUGUUUCAUCUGACUUAAUCCAUCAUUUAACUUUAUCAAAAACUUAAUAGCAAGUAUAUUACAUUAUGUCAGGAUGUUACAUUAUGUUGAGAUGUUACAUUAUGUUGAGAUGUUACAUUAUGUCAAAAUGUUAUAUUAUGUUGGGAUGUUACAUGUAACAUUAUGUCAAAAUGUUAUAUUAUGUUGGGAUGUUACAUGUAACAUUAUGUCAAAAUGCUACAUUGUGGUGAGAUGUUACAUUAUGUUGGGAUGUACUUAUAGUACUUAUUCUAUACUUAUAACUUAUAAUCAUGUUAUGGGCGUUGUCACAUCAAACGUGUUAACAGCUAAAUUUUUUUAACUUGUGAAAUUAACACAAAGCAAAUGAUCUUUCUCUGUGUUGAGGAUCAUAUUUCAAAUGCUCUCCAACUAUACAAGUACUGCUGUCUGUCUAGACAGUUCCAGCAAAUAUUUCAGAGCAAAUGUAAAAUCCUUUUCUUUUCAUAAUAGAUCUAUACAAAAAACUAAUCGAUCUCUACUAUAUAAAUGUAGAAUAAAGACCAAAAAAAAAAAAUUAAGUUAUUAUUAAGUGAGUUUAAUUUAAACCAAGAAUAUUUUCAAACCAAGCACAAGAUAUAUCAAACGACCAUUUGACUGAAAGCAAUGAUGUAAUGGAAUAACGGUAACUGAGAAUUAAGAAACAUUGAAUGCUAAAACAAAAGCUCCACUCAAGUCCUGAGUUACUGAUGUAGACACAGCUGACACCCUUCAAGACAGAGUUUACCAAGAGUGCAGCAUUUAGUAACCUAAAGUCUACAUGCAACAACCUGAAAAGAAAUGUGUAAGAUAAUGUCCUACAGAUUGGUACAUUAGGACGCCAACUUUAUUUCUAGCUAAUAACAAAAUUGUAUGACAUUAUUCCUACAUUGCUUUUAGUUGGAUUGAUUUACAACAAAGAAUAUCUAUAAAUAGUUGCACUGGUAUCUAUCGAAUUUUUUAUUUUUUUUAAAUCUUGGCAGGAAUUAUUUCAAAAGUCUUUUUUUUUUAGAUUUAUUUAUGACAUGCAUUUUUAAACUCAGGAACCAUAAUCAGGUAACGCUUCCAUAAUCGGAAAUAUAUGUAAAUCUAAAAUAUAAGGUCAAAUGUUUUUACACUUGUUAUCACCAAAACGAAAGUUAGGGAAUCACUAAAACCAUAGUGUGAAACUUAACUUGACAAUGACCUUAGGCCAACAAUUUCUUAAGUAAAAAAAUUUCUCUUCAACUAGGGCAAAGAAGGGAGAUAAAGAUGCAAUGUGCUACUCCCCUAAUGAUACCUCUAUUAAAGACAUUAUUUCCCCUUUGAUUUUUAAUUAAUGACUGAAUUUUAGAGGUGAUCCCUAUGAAAAAGAGAUUACAAACUAUCAGAUAUUUACACAAAAAUCCUGAAAAAAAAAAAAAAAAAACACCCUGAAUUCUGAUACCAUUUUCCUUGUAAUUGUAUCUAAUAGAAAUUAUACCAUCUUUCAUUAGUAUUUUGUUUUUAAAUGAUGUUUGGCCCAUUUUGUUCAAAACCCACCAUAUCAACAACCCAUGCCAGUAGAAGUCAUAAGCUCGUCCAAAAAUAACCAUUGCUUUCUGAUCAUUGAGCACAAGAAAUGUAUUUACAAGGCACUCCAAUAUUUAUUAAUGACACUGGCAUUCUAAACUAUUGAAGAUUUACAGUUUGGGUGGAUAGGAUACUCUAUAAGAAAGAAAUAGUUUACAAUGUUUGAAUAUAUCGGUUCUAAAACAAUUGAAAUAAAAUAAAACUAUCAAGAAACAGGGACAGGUAAUUAAAAAACUUCAUAAUAAAAGAAAGAAAUUUUUUAUUGACUUGAGUUUUUGGAGAGGAGCAACGAAAGUUUUUUUUUUUUUAUUAGGUUUGGGGGGGGGGGGGGGGAAUAAUGUUCAUUCCCUCACACACAGGUUGCUUACAUGAAGUUAUAUUUAUUUUAAUUUAUUCAAGACCUAAUGUCUUAAAUUAAAUUGUGUCCACUGAAGCUCUUUAAUAAAACGAAAAAAAAAAGUGUGGAAUUUCAUGUGAAGAUUGGACAAAAAGAACUAUUUUGGUUAAAAACUCACCACACAGAGAACAAAUAAAAUAUCCAAAAGAUGCAUCCCUUUUCCAGCCAAAAGCAAUAAAUUCUUUAAAAAAAAAAAUUAAAACUCUUAAGACAUUAUCAGUCAUCUGGCCAGUCAUAAAUAUAUAUUUUGGUCCAUGUAGCUACAGCAUAGACAAUGUUACAGUUGAAGCAGUCAGAAAUUGUUGACUGUGUUGUUAAACAUGGCAGACAUAAGGCCAUAAACA